UUAAACCCUAGCUACACAGCGAUGGUGGUCAAGUGGGUUCUUCACUGGCAGCCGUCGGCGGGCGCUCAGGUGACGAGCCAGACGCUGGUGGAUUUGUUCCGGAGCAUCGAGAGCAUGAAUGGCGUGCGCACCGGGCGGUGGCAGAUCACCGCCGCGCAGCACCGGCCUUUCACUCGAGACCAGGCCAUGGCGAUCGACUGCGCAAAGGAGCUCCUGGGUGUGGCGUUUAGCGAAUUUGCAAGCAAGCACUACUUCGUGCUACGCGCCGAGCGAAUGGUCGUGGAGGCCGACUCGAGCAUCCAGGCCAUCAUGGAAAAGCUCCAAGUUUACAGGAACAGGCUUUCCAUGGUCUUCGAGGGAUUUCAAUACCAGCUCGGUGAUUUCCAGCUCAAAGCCGGCCGAGCAGUGCUGUCACAGGCAGAAAAUCUCCGAGGCAUUGUCCUCGAGUUUGCACAGGUUGAGUACUCGCCGGUUUCGUCGAUCGAGAAAACACGGCAGAUGAUGCAAGAGUUCGUGGAUCUCUGGCAAGAGGCGAUCUCAGCACAGUCCAUGAGUGGACGUAUCUCGCUCCUAGAACCAAAUUUUGCCGAGUACGCGCUCUCAGAUACUUAUACUUGGCAGCACACUGCACUGCAGUACAUUUUUUUGUUUGCUUACUUCCUGUCGCAAUCCCAAAGAGCAUGAUCGCAAUCAACACAUCUCUCUUCUAGUUCGAGGUGAUUUUCUUUCCUGCUGUCCAAGUAUUAACAUAUAUCGCUCCAGAACAUGUAUGUUAGUUAGAGGUUAGACAAAGCAAUGUAAGGGGUAUCAUCUGA